AUGAAUUCUUCUUCGCAUUCUUCCAGAAAUCGAUCUUCUGCGGAAGACGAUUCGACCGUGCAGUCGGAUAUCUUUUCCCACGUCGAUCCUUCUGCGACGAUGGCCUCUGAUGUCGAUCGCCAUUUACACGAUGUCGGUGUCGCCGCCCUUGCUGCGGUUUCGCAGUAUCCUCGACCUGUAAACGAUCACAGCGGGUCGUUCUUGGUCACCGAGGUUGUAAACGCUGUGACCGGGGCGGGUCCAUCCCCUGACUAUCAACUCUUCAGAGGGAACUCGCUUCUUCCCGGACAUAGGAGUUUUUACCCGACACCAUCUGACACCGAUAGUGCUUCGGGGCCGGAUUUUGUUUUUGGACGCCCCGAUCGUGAUGUUAAUAUGGACUCGGUUGUUCGGCAUUUACUUGGCCGCGCUGCUGAGCAUGACAAUAUGGCCAUGAUCACGCAGGAAUGCGACGAGAGUGCGCGCGACAAGGAUAUGGUUAUGAAUUACGAGUCCGACGUCGAGGAUAACAUUUCUCCACCUUCUAUCCCAGAUGAUGAGUUUGAGGACUUUAUCCGAUUUUAUCCGGACGAAGAGGAAUACUACCAUCAACGCAGGGGUCGCCCGACCGAAGAUGCCCCAAUGGCGGAUUUCGAUCUAGAUGACUUUUAUCUCAAUAUCAACUACGAUGAUAUCGAUGUGGAUCUACCCCAAACGCUUGGCAUCCCUAUUUCCGAUCCUUCUGAGAUCAUGGACUUUGCUGAUCAGCCGGAAUUCCCUGGGCCUCACCCGGCAUCUAUCAUCCACACUUCGACGUACGAGCGUAACCUCACUAUUGAUGAAUUUAUCCAGCGCUGGAUGGUUCAAACGAACAUCAUCCCCCGUGGCUUCCAUAGCGAAAGCAGAAUACCACCCCAGCUCCGGCCCCUGUCUAAGAUGAUCAGUUGGAGUCCGCCACAGACGGUCGUUAGGCCACGCGAAUGGAGGCGCGACUUUUACGAUUUGCAGCAGAUUCCAUGGACUGAAACGCUCCGAGUUAAACGGUCUGAUGCGCGGACGCUGCGUGAUGCUUGGUAUACAUCAUAUCAUAACUUGGAUUAUUCGCAUAUGAGCCACGCCAAACGUAUUCCGGCACAAGAGUCAUUCUUCCGCGGGACUUCCAUGCACACCUCACACAAAGCCUCUAUCGAACACUUCCAACUCCGCAACUUGAUGUCUGCCCCGGCAUCCAACACCGUCAAUUUCGCCUACCAAUCCAAGGUACUAUCAUGGACACCGACGACCGGCGACGCCCGCUGCCUAAUCGAUCUAAGCCAGGCGGACCCGGAUUCAGGCUUUCUGGGCCCCGUCAAAAUCUCAACCAUGAAAACCGCCCACGGCCUCACAAUCGCCGGCGGUUUCUGCGGCGAAUAUGCCCUCCGCAGUUCAUUUGGCUCAGGCACCGGAGCAAAAGGCCUCGCAACACCCGACUUCAACGACGGCAUCACAAACCACGUAGACAUUAUUCCCAACCGAACAGGCCCCUCUCCAGUCGGUGUCUUCGCCUCAAACGACAAACACCUCCGCAUCCUCGAUACCGAAACAAAUGUCUUCACCUCCGACCACGAACUCUCUCAACCAAUCAAUUGCACCGCAACCUCCCCCGACAGCCGUCUGCGCGUUGUGAUCGGCGACUCCCCAGACGCCUGGGUCAUAGAAUCCGACACUGGCAAACCCGUCCACCCCCUCCGCGGCCACCGCGACUUCGGCUUCGCCUGCGCGUGGUCACCAGACAUGCGCCACAUUGCAACCAGCAACCAGGACAAAACCCUCAUAAUCUGGGACGCACGCACCUGGAGACCGCUCGAAACAAUCGACUCGGACGUGGCCGGGUACCGAUCUCUACGCUUCUCGCCUGUCGGCGGUGGUCCCCGAAUGCUGCUCUGCACGGAACCGGCAGAUCGGAUCUCGAUCCUGGACGCUCAACUCUACCAGUCGAGACAGGUGCAUGAUUUCUUCGGCGAAAUCGGUGGUGCGGAUUUCUCGCCUGAUGGCUCGGAGAUUUGGGUGGCGAAUACCGAUCGCCAUUUCGGCGGCUUUAUGCAGUAUGAGCGUAGGCAGUGGGGGCAGCGAGUGGGGUUGACGGAUUUGCCCGGUGAGUGGGCGAGUGAGCUUGAGUUGGAGGGCGAUCCGCGCUGUGUGUUGAGCAAGCGCGAGAGGUCGUUGCGGUUUUUGAGGAAUUUGUCGAGCGAUGAGCAUGAGGCUUUGAUUCUUUGA